CGCAAAAGAGAAACGCGUCACUGCGAAUGAAUAUCGGAUGAUAUUGAACUUUUUAAAGUUCAUCUUAAGAGAUGCUCCUGCCUUCAUUGAUAUGUAAUGGCCAAGUUAGCCACAUGCACACAUUUUGGUAGGUUCGACUACCCAUUCAGGUAGGUACGGUCUAGGAGGUGUCAGGGUCUAGAGUUUAGAAAAAAGUUCAACAUUCUCAUCCCUAUUAUACUCACACAUACACUUCCCUCGCCCUAGCUGUAUGUUGUACCACCACACAACGUGGACCAUAUGAUGACAAGUUUCUCCGCGGAGGAACUGCCAAUCCCCGCUCGGAAGAAUUACCCAGGUAGAAGACAAGUGUGCGGCUGGUAUACCAAUGAGAUUUGUUGGGACCACCGUCACUGCCGAGUGGGAUACACGUACGUUGGACCUGUUUGCGAAGCAAACAAACAGUUUAUAAGUACCAUUUUAUUUCCACCGUUGCUACUUUCUUUCCUCGAUUUCGUACUCAAACUUCCUCACAAAAGCCGACGAUGGAAAAGACCGAUGUUAUCAUCGUUGGCGCUGGCCCAGCUGGCCUUUCGUUGGGGCUUUCUCUAGCUAGAUUUAAUAUUCAUUCUGUCAUUCUUGAGAAGGACCUAGAAAUCACACAGGACCCAAGAGGCGUAUAUCUCACUAAUGAUGCGAUUCGCAUACUUUGGGACCUCGGUCUCGGUGAUUCUAUGCAGGAGAUUGGUCACGAGCUAUCUACCGUAAAUUUCCAUACGACUUCAUUCGUGAACGAACCUUUCCAUAAAAUAGAUAUCGGUUAUGAUGGAUUUUGGCAAGUACUUCCUAAUGCGAUACUUCAUAUCCAGCCACGACUAGAAAGCGCGUUGCGUCGGAAAGUGAUUGAGUCUCCAUUUUGCGACUUACGAUGUGGGUGUAUCGUCGUGGGCAAGCAACAGAGCGGAGACUACCCAGUCGUCGAAUACCAAGAUGAAAGAGGGGCCACACGAACCAUCAUUGGGUCAUUCCUCAUUGGCGCUGAUGGAAAGAAAGGUGUAGUACGAAAGAACUUCCUCGAGGAAUCCGCCGGUAUCAAGCAAAUAGAUAGUACCUAUCGCUAUGAUGGGACGUGGAUUGCCGCGAAUUUCAAACUCACCCCACCAACACCCCAAACGCACCCCGAGUUCCCUUUAUGGAAACUCGGAUUUACUCCCGAGGCUGUUUACGAUUUAUUCUGGCCCAAAGGUUGGCAUUUUUGCAGCCCACCUGGAAAAGCGACAGCUUCCGGGAGAUUCGGUCCCCACGACGCGCGAAUGUGGCGCCACGAGCUUGAACAGGGCGACUGGAACGAUUCUAUGGACGCGGAAGCCCUCUUGUGGGAGCAUAUAACACCUAUGAUUACGCGCAGAAGGGAUAGCUCAGGCGAGCCAUUCCCUUUUGGCGAGGUUACCUACCCUCGCGAUUGCAUUCGCAUUCUUCGAUGUCGCCCCUAUCGGUUUACCCAUAAAGUUGUUAAUAAAUGGUAUGAUGGCCGCACCAUUCUCAUCGGCGAUGCCGCACACGUUUUCCCACCAUUCGGCGGGCAGGGAAUUGCAUGUGGUUUUCGCGACGCACACCAGCUUGCUUGGCGUAUCUCUCUGCUCCAACGCAUGCCCGGAAGUGACGAUCAUCUCCGCGAACGUCUCCUUGGGGGUUGGGCACGAGAGCGCCACCAUGGUAUUAAAGAUGCCGCGACGUUCACAAGUAUGAAUGGACGACUAUGUAAUCAAGGCGAUGACUGGUUUUUCUGGCUGUUUCGCAUGUUCAUGCGAUUACUCAAGUAUCUAUCUUUUAUCCCUGGCAUGCCUAAUCCGGUCGUUCCUUUUGAGGUGAAGGGUUUCCGAUCUGUUAAAGAUGGCUUCUUUCUACCAGAUUUUAAUGGCGGGGGGCGCCUCGCUCAGGUAUACUUUGAGUCGAAGAACCAAAGCCCAAUAUUGUCGGACGAGUUGAUAAAACGCACAAGGUCAGCCUUGACGUUACUUGUCCUAGCGAGGGACGACCGUAAGAAAUUAGUCGCAGAGGCACAAGUAGCUCUCAGAGCAGUUGGCCUAGACCAAUCGAUCCUAUCAGAUGAUUCUAUUCGGGUCCUUACCCUCAACGACCCACCUGAAGCUAACGAUAACGAGGAUGAUGUGUAUUUCCCCGCGUCGACUAAGAGUCUCACCGACUUAGGGGUUGCUAUCAAACCAGGGUAUUGUGGGUCCAACUACUUCCGACGAUUUGAGCCUACUACGACUUUCGUUCUUGUACGAUCUGACUUCUACACGUUCGCUCUCGCCGAUGAUACUGAAGGGCUAGUUAAAUGCCUCGAGGAACUGAAAAUCCAACUCUAGUGAUAUUCUCGGAAUGUUUCGCAUAGGGAGUUAAGGUUCAUGUCGAUAAUCGGGAUCCGUAUGCAUAGCUUUUGAUAGAAUGUCUUUCGGAAUAAUACACGUCACUCG